GCGAGGUGAAGCCGCGAGGGGCGGGGCCGUGAGUGUUUACAUCCGGCCCGGCACAGAGGUCUCCAGACAUCGUUCGGCCGGGGAUCCAGCCUCCCUAGCCAUGGACACCAGCGAUCUGUUUGCCAGCUGCAGGAAGGGUGACGUGGGCCGUGUGCGGUACCUGCUGGAGCAACGAGACGUGGAGGUGAACGUGCGGGACAAGUGGGACAGCACCCCUUUGUACUAUGCCUGCCUCUGUGGGCAUGAAGAGCUGGUGCGCUACCUGUUGGCUAACGGAGCCCGCUGUGAGGCCAACACUUUCGAUGGCGAAAGGUGUCUCUAUGGGGCGCUGAGCGACCCCAUUCGCCGUGCGCUGCGUGACUACAAACAAGUCACCGCGUCCUGCAGGAGGCGGGAUUACUACGACGAUUUCCUGCAGCGGCUUCUGGAACAGGGCAUCCACAGUGAUGUGGUCUUCGUGGUACACGGAAAGCCGUUCCGGGCACACCGUUGUGUCCUCGGUGCUCGCAGCACCUACUUCGCCAACAUGCUGGACACCAAAUGGAAGGGCAAGAGCGUUGUGGUUCUCAGGCACCCGCUGAUCAACCCGGUGGCCUUUGGGGCUCUGCUGCAGUACCUGUAUACAGGCCGCCUAGAUAUCGGUGUGGAGCAUGUUAGUGACUGUGAACGCCUGGCCAAGCAGUGCCAGCUAUGGGACCUGCUUGAAGACCUAGAGGCUAAAUGUGAGAAGGUGUCUGAAUUCGUGGCUUCCAAGCCUGGUACAUGUGUGAAGGUGCUGACUAUUGAGCCCCCUCCAGCGGAUCCCCGGUUGCGGGAGGAUUUGGCACUGCUGGCUGACUGUGCCCUGCCACCUGAGCUGCGGGGUGAUCUAGGAGAGCUGCCCUUCCCCUGUCCUGAUGGCUUCAGCAGCUGCCCUGAUAUCUGCUUCCGAGUGGCCGACUCCAGCUUCCUCUGCCACAAGGCUUUCUUCUGUGGCCGCAGCGACUAUUUCCGGGCCCUGCUGGAUGACCACUUUCGAGAGAGCGAGGAACCUGCAGCCUCUGGGGACCCCCCAGUUGUCACCCUGCACGACAUCUCCCCAGAUAUCUUCACUCAUGUGCUAUACUACGUAUACAGUGACCAUACUGAGCUUCCCCCUGAGUUGGCCUAUGAUGUGCUGAGUGUGGCCGACAUGUACCUUCUACCUGGUCUGAAGCGACUCUGUGGCCGCAGCCUGGCCCAGAUGCUGGAGGAGGACAGUGUGGUGGGUGUCUGGCGCAUAGCCAAGCUGUUUCGCCUGGCCCGACUGGAGGACCAGUGUACUGAGUACAUGGCCAAGGUCAUCGAGAAGCUGGUAGAGCGAGAGGACUUCGUGGAGGCCGUAAGGGAAGAGGCGGCAGCUGUGGCCGCCCGGCAGGAGACAGACUCCAUUCCACUGGUUGAUGACAUCCGCUUCCACGUGGCCAGCACAGUCCAGACCUACAGUGCCAUUGAGGAGGCACAGCAGCGACUGCGGGCACUUGAAGACCUGCUGGUGUCCAUUGGCUUAGACUGCUGAACCCUUGCUGCAGCUAGGGCUCCCAUGGUGACAAGCAUGUGCGGUGUGUGCAUGCAGAAACUGUUGUUGCUCUUGCACGCUUGGUGGCAUUACAGUGGACAGAGGGGACUCAUUGAGCUCCUGGGGACCUCACAAGUUCUUGGGAUGAGCCUCCUCCCCUAGUGCACAAAUAAGCCCCGAGACUUGGGGCUGGCACCACUCAGGGAAAGCUGGGGUGUGGUAGGCUUUGAACUCAGUCCCCUCUCCCCCAGCAACCCACCUACUCCUUCCUGGCACUUGCCCAGCCCUGACUUGCUUCGGCUACUUCCACGUACAGGGUUGGACAGGAAGCCAGGAGUGUGUGUGUGGCAAUAAAGCUUGAAUUCACUGUGGAAA